GCCUUCCCCAACACAGUCUUCGAAGCUCUUAGACAUCUCUUGCACAUGUCAACCAUGAGAUCACGGCUGCCUUCUGACAGGAUUGGAGGCACAAACUCAGCCACCUCACAGUAGCUCAUGGAGAAGCUGCAAGAGCCUCAGGCUGGGCCAGCUCUGCCCUCCAGAGGGAAGAGCAGUGCAUAGAGACAGUGGUGGCAGGCGUGGACAUGAACUCUGGCUUUCAGAAAGAUCUGCGCUUCAGUUUCGGUCAUCGGAAGUGGUGCCUUCAGCACAGAAGAGUGUGAUUUCUCCUUCUGGGCCAUUCGUUGAUCUCCAAUGUGGAACUAAAGUGAAGAGGCCAGGACGGAGCCUCCACCAGCAUCCAGUGUGACAUCUCCUGAGCUGGGCCAAGGGAUGCCUGGGCCAUGGACACAGAGGUCCCCAACCUUCAGCCAUUUGCAUAGUACACAGGGGACUUGUGGGGGCCACUUGUCACUGCCAAAGGACAUGAUACAAUGGCACUACUGACAUCCUCCAUGCUGUUUUCAUGACAGACAUAUGGGCAGGAAGCACUGUCAUGCUUUCUGUCUGUGAAGUCAAGGGCCAUGCCUCACUGAUUACAAAUGGCUUGGGCCCUGAUGACCUGCUCUGAAUCUACUUUCAGCCAGUGACACUUGCAAAAAAAAAAAAAAAGAAGAAGAAGAAGAAAGAAAAAGAAAAAUCCAAAAGCCGUCUUGGGGUCGGCUUCCACAGCUCUUGACCCAUGUGGUCAAAGCUGGACAGCUCCUUGGGACACUCAGAUUCUUCAUAAAUGCAGCCUGCCCCAACCCUCCCUAAAUAGCAUCUGAAGUCUCCAGGAAGGUCAUGGAUCCUGAACAAAGUGUCAAGGGUACCAAGAAGGUGGAGGGAAGUCCCCGGAAGCGGCUGACUAAAGGAGAAGCUGUUCAGACCAGUGUCUCCUCCAGCACCCCCUACGCAAGCAGUAGCACAUCUGCCACCCAGGAGAGCACCUCCCAAGAGCUCCUAGCCCCGCAGCCCUUUCCAGGCCCCUCAUCAGUUCUUAGAGAAGGCUCUCAGGAGAAAAUGGGCCAACAGCAAAAGCCCCCCAGAAGGCCCUCCAUCGAGACCUCUGUCCACAUCUCACAGCUUCCACAGCACCCCCUGACACCAGCGUUCCUGUCACCCGGAAAACCUGAGCAUCUCCUAGAAGGGUCUACGUGGCAACUGGUCGACCCCAUGAGACCUGGACCUUCAGGUUCCUUUGUGACCCCUGGGCUCCAUCCACAGAGCCAGCUCCUCCCUUCCCAUGCCUCCAUCCUUCCCCCUGAGGAACUACCUGGCAUCCCCAAGGUCUUUGUACCCCGACCUUCCCAGGUCACCCUGAAGACUACAGAAGAAGCCCACAAGAAAGAGAGGAAACCCCAGAAACCAGGCAAGUACAUCUGCCAGUACUGCAGCCGGCCCUGCGCCAAGCCCAGUGUGCUACAGAAACACAUCCGCUCACACACAGGCGAGAGGCCCUACCCCUGCGGCCCCUGCGGCUUCUCCUUUAAGACCAAGAGCAACCUCUACAAGCACAGGAAGUCUCAUGCCCAUCGCAUCAAAGCGGGCCUGGCGUCAGGUACUGGCAGUGAGCUGUAUCCUCCGGGGUUGGAGAUGGAGAGGAUCCCUGGGGAGGAAUUUGAGGAACCCACCGAGGGAGAAAGCACAGACUCUGAUGAAGAAACUGCCACCACAUCUGGCCCCCCUACAGAGGCCUCCCCCAGACCUAAGCACCCUCUUCUAUCCAGCAGCUUGUACAGCUCUGGGAGUCACAGUUCCAGUCAUGAACGCUGCUCCCUGUCCCAGUCCAGCACGGCAACAUCAUUGGAGGACCCCACCCCAUUUGUGGAACCCUCAUCCGAGCAUCCUCUGAGCCAUAAACCCGAAGACACCCACACAAUUAAGCAGAAGCUGGCCCUGCGUCUGAGUGAAAGGAAGAAAGUAAUUGAUGAGCAAGCAUUUCUGAGCCCGGGCAGCAAAGGCAGUACUGAAUCUGGGUACUUCUCCCGCUCUGAGAGUGCUGAACAACAAGUCAGUCCCCCAAACACCAAUGCUAAGUCCUAUGCGGAGAUCAUUUUUGGCAAGUGUGGGAGGAUCGGGCAGCGAACCACCAUGCUGACAGCUACUUCCACCCAGCCUCUGCUGCCCCUGUCUGCAGAAGAUAAGCCCAGCCUGGUGCCUUUGUCUGUGCCCCGGACCCAGGUGAUUGAGCACAUCACAAAACUCAUCACCAUCAAUGAGGCUGUGGUGGACACCAGUGAGAUUGACAGUGUGAAGCCCAGGAGGAGCUCUCUGACCAGGCGCAGUAGCAUGGAGUCCCCCAAGUCCAGUCUCUACCGGGACCCCCUGUCAUCCCACGGUGAGAAGACAAAGCCGGAACAAUCACUACUAAGCCUCCAGCACCCACCCAGCACCACCCCCCCUGUGCCUCUGCUUAGAAGCCACUCAAUGCCUUCCGCCGCCUGUACCAUCAGCACCCCCCAUCACACUUUCCGCGGUAGCUACUCCUUUGAUGACCACAUCACCGAUUCCCAGGCUCCAAGCCACAGCAGUCCGGUGUUUACCUCCCAUCCCCGGAUGCUGAAGCGCCAGCCGGCCAUUGAACUACCUUUGGGAGGUGAGUACAGUUCAGAGGAGCCCGGACCAAGCAGCAAAGAUGCAGCCUCCAAGCCCUCAGAGGAACCAGAACCCAAGGAAAGUGAACUGACCAAAAAGACCAAGAAGGGAUCAAAGCCAAAAGGGAUGACCUAUGAAUGCACCAUCUGUGGCGCUCGGUACAAGAAGAAGGACAAUUACGAAGCCCAUAAAAAGUACUACUGCUCGGAGCUCCAGAUCACAAAGCCUCUCUCUGCAGGUGCCCGUGCCUCUCCAGAAGCUGAAAAGGGCCAAGCAGAGCAUGAGCCGUGGUCCCAGAUGAUGCAUUAUAAACUGGGGGCCACCUUGGAACUCACCCCACUGAGGAAGAGAAGAAAAGAGAAGAGCCUUGGGGAUGAGGAAGAACCACCCGCGUUUGAGUUGACCAAAAGUCAGUUUAGCAGCCCUGGACCAUCUGACACUGCUCGGAACCUCCCCCAGGAGCCCACCAAGUCACCAGCAGAGCCAAGUAAAUCACUGGAGGGAACCACAAGCUUCCAGCCAAGGACUCCCAAGCCAGGAUCUGGGUCAGAAUCAGGGAAGGAAAGGAGAACAACAUCCAAAGAGAUUUCUGUCAUCCAGCAUACCAGCUCCUUUGAGAAGUCUGACCCUCACGAGCAGUCCAGUGGCCUAGAAGGGGAAGACAAGCCCUUGGCCCAGUUCUCAACCCUGCCACCUGCCCCGCCAGGCCGUCCAGCUCACUCCCUGCAGCCUAGGUUAGUACGCCAGCCCAAUAUUCAAGUCCCUGAGAUCCUGGUGAGUGAGGAGCCUGACCGACCAGACACAGAGCCCGAGCCACCCCCAAAGGAACCUGAAAAGACAGAGGAGUUUCAGUGGCCCCAGCGCAGCCAGACACUCGCCCAGCUCCCUGCCGAGAAGCUGCCUCCCAAGAAGAAGAGGCUGCGCCUAGCAGAGAUGGCCCAGUCAUCGGGGGAGUCUAGCUUUGAGUCAUCUGUGCCUCUGUCUCGCAGUCCCAGCCAGGAAAGCAGUAUCUCUCUGAGUGGCUCCAGCCGCUCAGCCUCGUUUGACAGGGAGGACCAUGGGAAAGUUGAGGUCCCUGGGCCCUCAUCCGAAGUCCGCUCCAAACCCACGGGCACCCACAUGCUGACUGUCCCCAGCCACCACCCGCAUGCCCGAGAGAUGCGGAGGUCAGCCUCAGAGCAGAGCCCCAACGUGUCCCAUUCUACACAAAUGACUGAGGCACGCAGCAAAUCCUUUGACUACGGCAGCUUGUCUUUGGCAGGCCCGGCUGCAGCAGCGCCAGCUGCCCCACCAACCCCAGCAGCCCCACCAGAGAGGAGAAAAUGCUUUUUGGUGAGGCAGGCGUCUCUGAGCCGGCCUCCAGAAGCUGAGCUAGAGGCCACCCCAAAGGGAAGGCAGGAAAGCGAGGAGCCACAGCCCUCUUCCUCCAAACCUUCGGCCAAAAGCUCAGUGCCCCAGAUCUCCUUGGCAGUCACCUCGCACACUGGGCACCCAGGAAGCAAGAGCCAGGUGCAGGACAGGCCCCCACUGGGGUCCACCCCACCCUACACAGAAGCCCUGCAGGUGUUCCACACCCCUGUCGCCCAGCUGCCCCUGCAGGAGAAGCCAUACUUGCCCCCACCCGUCUCCCUCUUCUCCUUCCAGCAUCUCUUGCAGCAUGAACCGGGACAGUCUUCAGACUUCAUGGCCACCCAGGCCAUGGCAGGCCUCCUCUCCUCCCCAUACUCCAUGCCCCCACUCCCUCCUUCUGUAUUUCAAGCCCCACCGCUUCCUCUUCAACCUACUGUCCUGCACCCCAGCCAGCUCCAUCUUCCCCAGCUUCUGCCUCACCCUGCCAGUAUCCCCUUCCGACAGCCCCCCUCAUUCCUCCCCAUGCCACACCCUGCUUCCUCAGCACUCUCUUCCGGGUUUUACCUGCCUGUGCCAUCCCAGUUUGCACUGCAGCUCCCUGGGGAGGUGGAAAGCCAUCUGCCCCCAAUCAAAACUAGCCUGGCCCCACUGGCAACAGGACCUUCUGGCCCCUCCAGCAGCACUGAGUUCAGCAGCAACAUCCGGCUGCCCCCUGUGGCUCCUCUGACCAGCUCCCCAGAGCCCACCGCGGCCCUUCCACCUGCUCUGCCUGCUUGUGGGGACUCCGGGGCAUCCCUGGUGGUGCCUGUCCGAAUCCAGACCAACAUGCCGUCCUAUGGGAGUGCAAUGUAUACCACUCUUUCUCAGACCUUAGUGACCCAGUCCCCAGGCAGCUCAGUAAGCGUGGGUCUUCCCAAGUGUGAGGAGCUGCCAGCCGCAGGGACGGCUGUGUGCGGAACAGACGUGUACGACACCAGGCUCAGACCAUCUGGGCUAAGCGAAGAGCAAAGCAGAAGUUUCCAGACUCCAUACCUGAGAGUACCUGCGGCAUUCCCUGAAAGAAAAGGCACCUCCUCCUCCUCGGAGGGGGUCUUGAGCCUGGAGGGAAGCUCAUCAACAGCUGGGGGAAGCAAGCGUGUUCUCUCCCCAGCUGGCAGCCUUGAGCUCACCAUGGAAACCCAGCAGCAGAAAAGGGUAAAGGAAGAGGAGGCUUCCAAGGUCCACGAGAAACUAGAGCUGGUGAAACCAUGCAGUGUAGUGCUGACCAGCCCUGAGGAUGGCAAGAGGCCAGAGAAAUCCCACCAAGUCAGCCAGGGCCUGGGCAGGAGAGAGCCAGAAGCAUUGUCCAGCCUGUCCUCUGAUCCAUCAGACCCAGAAGUUCCUCCUCUCUCUCAUCAUCCCACGUUGCCCCAUGGGACAGCCUCAAGCUCAGAAGCUUUGAAGGACUAUGCCCAGUCAUCUGGAAAACCUCACCGAAGAGGGCUUUGUCCACUAAGCAUGAAGCAAGAAGAUUCCAAGGAACAGCUUGACCUCCCGCCCUUGGCACCUCCCAGCUCUCUGUCUCUGUCAGAAAUAUCCUCCAGAACAGCCAAGUCACAAGAAGGUACGGACUCAAAGAAGGUACUUCAGUUCCCCAGCCUCCACACGACCACUAAUGUCAGUUGGUGCUAUCUAAACUAUAUUAAGCCAAAUCACAUCCAGCAUGCAGAUAGGAGGUCCUCUGUUUACGCUGGUUGGUGCAUAAGUUUGUACAACCCCAACCUUCCAGGGGUUUCCACUAAAGCUGCUUUGUCCCUCCUGAGGUCUAAGCAGAAGGUGAGCAAAGAGACAUACACCAUGGCCACAGCUCCACAUCCUGAGUCAGGAAGGCUCGUGCCAGCCAGCUCUCACAAGCCACGCAUGACAGAGGUGCACCUCUCGUCACUGGUUUCCCCAGAAGGCCAGAAAGACAUAACUAGAGUGGAGAAAGAAGAGGAGAAGCGAGGGAAGCCGGAAGAGGAUGCUCCUGCCUCCAAGAGAGGGGAGCCGGCGAGGAUCAAAAUCUUCGAAGGAGGGUACAAAUCAAACGAAGAGUAUGUUUAUGUGCGAGGCCGUGGCCGAGGGAAAUAUGUUUGUGAGGAGUGUGGAAUUCGCUGCAAGAAGCCCAGCAUGCUGAAGAAACACAUCCGCACCCACACUGACGUCCGGCCCUAUGUGUGCAAGCACUGUCACUUUGCUUUUAAAACCAAAGGGAAUCUGACUAAGCACAUGAAGUCGAAAGCCCACAGCAAAAAGUGCCAAGAGACAGGGGUGCUGGAGGAGCUGGAAGCCGGAGAAGGAACCAGUGACGACAUGUUCCAGGACUCAGAAGGGCGAGAGGGCUCCGAGGCUGUGGAGGAGCACCAGUUUUCAGACCUGGAGGACUCAGACUUGGACUCAGAUGCAGAUCUGGAUGAAGACGAGGAGGAGGAUGAGGAGGAGAGUGAGGAAGAGUCAUCCAGGCCAUCCUCAGAGGCUCCCCCACUGGGCCUGCCAGCCACACUGCAGGAAGAUUCCUCACCUGCUCAGGGCCCUCCGGCCUCCGAUGCCACCUCUGAUAACAAGGCCACCAGAGACAGCUCCGUCUCAGAAGCUGACAACUUGACAGCCAGCAGUUGCUCCACAUCCAGCCAGAGCAUCCCAGGCCUUUCUCGGCUGGGACUAGCCCCGUUGGGCCCUGGGGGAAAAGAUACAGGCUCGGCUUUGAGCUCCAAGACUGUGUCCCCUCCAAGGUCGUGGUCCCCAAGCAAAGAAGUAGGCAGCCACCCACCGCUCACUCGCAAACACUCACUCACCAAAAUCGACUCGUCUCCCCAGAGAUGUUCACCAGAACUGCAGACUUCAGUUACAAGCACGCCUGGGCCCCCAGUGGGCCCAGGAAGGGACAAGGGCCCUCCUCCUUGUGGGUCCCCAAGACUGGAUUUGUCUUCUCCCACUCUACGCCCCCCCUUCCUUCGAGCACAUCUGCCCCCCAGACUCGAGGGUGCCAUAGACCCAGGCACCCCCAGAUACUCACCCACCAGGAGAUGGUCUCCAGAUCAGGCUGAGUCACCACCAUGGUCAGCGCUGCCAGAGAAGUGGGCUCUGUCUGUGCCGAGCAGCCCCUCAGCCAGCAGGCGCGGCCCAGGCUUGGGGCCAGCUCCGCGGGCUCUCUUUCAGCCUGCACUCCUACCUCACAAGCUUCUCGGCAGAAGCCCCGAGACCUGCGUCUCCACGUGGCAGAAGGCUGAGUCUCCAAGUGCAUCCUGCUCACCUGGUCCUGCUCAUCCUUUCUCCUCCCAACCCUUCUUGGUGCCCCAUGACUUCCACAGGCACAGCCCAGCUCGGACAGAGAACAUCUUCAGCCACCUGCCUCUGCACUCCCAGCACCUGUCCCGAGCCCCGUGCCCCUUGAUUCCCAUUGGUGGGAUCCAGAUGGUGCAGGCCCGCCCAGGGAUCCACCCUGCCCUGCUGCCAGGGCCCUCCACAGCCUGGGUCAGUGGCUUCUCAGGAGGUGGCAGUGACCUGACAGGAGCCCGGGAGGCUCAGGAGCGAGGACGCUGGAGCCCCACCGGAAGCUCAUCAGCCUCCGUGUCCCCUGUGGCUAAGGUUUCCAAGUUCACCCUCUCCUUGGAGCUGGAGAGCAGAGAUGACCCCAAGGAGAAGGAGAAGAUGGGAAGAGGCCCUGGAAGACCUCCUGACUGGGAGCCCCGUAGGGCUGAGUCACCCUCAGAUCCCAUGCCCAUACACAGCCCCUGUACCCCACAGCUACCCCAGGGCCACCAAGUGGCCCAGUCUUGGAGUCCUCACUUGGAGUCACUGCCCAUAUUGGCCAACCCCGCAGACUCUGCCUCUCCACCACUGGACCGCAGCAGCUCCAUAGGCUGCCUGGCAGAUGCCUCUGCUCGCUUCACAGCCCGGAGGAGAAACCUCUCUGGGGAACCCAGGACCAGGCAAGAUUCCCCUGAGCCCCCAGGUAGUGGGGGGCCCAGGGUACCUCCACCUCCGCCAGAGGACAGAGGCCCCCUGAGCACUUAGCCUCUCUCCAACUGCUUCCAGUGCUUGGCAACAGACGUUUUCCAUCCAACUUCCUCGAGUCACCUUGCUCCCAUGGGCUCCCUUCCCAUCUGUCCAUCCGUCUAUGUGGCUUCUGCUCAGCCCUCCAUCUGUUAUAUCUUCCAUGUAUGCAGUUACCUGUGCCUUUUUUCUAGACCUUUUGUUGCUUGAAAAGAAAAAUCACACACAUACAUCUAAAAGAGAGAGAGAGAGACCCAUGAGGAUUUUGAGGUUGUGAAGCAUCUGUCCCCUGGGGAAAGGCUAUGGUGGCUUCCUUGCAGUCCCCAAUGCAGCCAGCAGCCCUCAGCCAUUCCCCAUGUAAAGGCUGGCAAAAGGCAGCUGUUUGCUUAGGGAGAAGAAAAAUAAAGGAAACUUUCAAAAUAUAUACAAUUAAAUGCAAAAGCAAGCAUUCCUAUACACAGAUGUCUAGUUCCUAUGUAUGGCCAUUAGACCUGCCCUCUACUAGUGGCUACUGUCUCCCUGGUUAGCAGAGGGGCCAAUGAACUCAGUCAGAGGGACACAGAUGCCCAUCCCCAAAUUACCUUCUCUGUUUCUUUUAUUCUUUGUAAGAAAAAGAACCAACAUUUCUUUUGCUAGGAUUUCCAAGUACAAAAAUAAGAGGAGCACGUGGAAGGUAGUUGCUGGUUGGUUUGCCCAAACUUCUCAGAUACCUAGGUGGUCUGAGUUGUGAAUCCAUCCCCGCAUAGGAUAAGUGUGCAAGCCACCCUAACCCUGGCCCCUCCUGUCCACUCUCCACCUGCCUCUGGGCUGGCAAAGGGACCUGACCUCUAUAUCCUGGUCCCCAUACACCUGACUCUCACCUCUCUCUUCUGGCCCUGUCCACAGGCCACUCCGUACGCUCAAGCUAUCUACAAGGCUGAAGUGGCUGAGCCUGAGGUUUGAGUGUUGCUUCACCAUGGCCCUGGAGUACAAGAGACAUACUACUUCUUUCCUGGUUGGAAUACAUUGUGUAUGUGUGUGUGUGUGUGUGUGUGUGUGUGUGUGUGUGUGUAUGCACGCACAGAUAGAUAUGUAUCACAAAUCUAAACAUAGAAUAUUAUAUUUGGUUGUUUCUCCAACCUCUUCAGAUACUCUUAACCUAAAGGAUUUGUAGCUUGUCCUAAGUCAUUUGAAUUUUUCUCUGCAUUCUGGAUCAAAACCUUGCUUUAUAAGGAAAGUAAUAUGACCAGAAACAUAAAUUUCAAGUUGAUUUCACCUCUGGCAUAUUAGCCUAUAUAAUUAAAUGUAAAAGCAGGCACUGCUGUGUACUAAUGUCUGUGGUUCCUUUUUCCACCUAGGAGAGAUGGGUUCCCCACUACCACUACCACCACCCCUACAACCACCUUUCAGAAAUGAUUCUCUUUGAUUUCUAUAAGGGGAAAAAGUGCAGGACUCAUGGUCAUGUGUCACCCAGGCUGGAUCCAAAGCAGGGACCUCUCUGUCUACUCCUGGACCUCAGCUAGACCGUAUGUAAGGAAGGCUCAGCCAAGGGCUUCUGAGCUGGUGAAGCUCCUCAGCCAAGCUGUCACAUAGGGAAGAUUCAAAUACCUUGAGCACCUUGUGCUAGUUUAGAGCCUCUCCCUGCUUAGGCCCCGUGGAGUGGGUACCCCAACCUGGUCCACCGGCCAGCAAACUACCUAGUUCAUUCUUUAUCUUGCUCCCAGCUAAGGUAGGGGCAUGUUCAGUUAGGCAAGGCCUCUCAGAGUUCACUGUGCUCCUAGGUGCUGGGGGCGGGGUGGGGAUGUGGAUAGGCUAGCCAGACACUCCUAAUGCUUGACUCAAUCUUAGGUCUCCUGCCCACCUGGGAGAAGCUAGAGGCCAGCCUAGACCAGACUGGCUCAUUUUGGGCCUGGCAGGAAGUGAUAGGAGCCUCGGUCCCGGUCAUAGCCAGGCCAGAGGCUAGGAUGCUCCCUUGUGACUUUCAUUCCUAAUCCACAGACUCCGCACAUUGGAGAUUUCAAAGCUGAGGCUGUGGAGCUGGAUAAAGAGUAUCACUUCCACCCAGGUGGAGUCUUCCAGGGCAAGAUCUUCCUGCCUCAGAUUGCUGUGCUAGCCCUGAACCUUCAGGGUGUCCCAUAGGACUCCAACCCUUCCUAGCUCUCUUGGAUGUCACCCCUCUGGACUUUGCCCUCCGCCCACCAAGAUCCCCUUCCUUGCUAUCCUUGUAACAUGGCAUAGCUAUUGGUGAGACCUGUUUCUCCAUGACAGGGACAGGAGUACCAAAGAGUGCUGCUCUAACCAGCUACCCAGAGGGAGCAAAUCAAUGGCACACCAGGCUAGCUCUGAUCCCCUCUGCUAAAGUUCUCUGCCCAAUCUGAUGACACAAGGCCCCAGGCCACAGCAUACCUUCCCAGUUUGGAACAGCUCACUUCACACAUGCCCUCUGGGUCUCCAGUCUGUUCCCAAUCACCCUGAUCCUACGGUCCCUACCCCUGUGAAAGUAUAGGAAUCCAGGCUGACGUGUGGGUGUAGACCCCAGCUCAGUGGAUAAAUAGCCAUUCCUUGGCACAGAGGAGCUUGGGUCCUUAGAUCUGGCAGUUGGCAAUUUGCAGAGGCCUCAAGCCAAAUCCUGCCUUCUGUUGAAGGUCCCAAGCCCCUUCUCCCCAGCUCUGCCUUUGAGGUUCCUGUCGUAUUGGACAGCUUCACAGUCAUUCCAGUUGUCAGCCCCUUACUCCUUCUUGUCCCCCAUCAUAGCUUGCACGCUGCUCCCAGACACAAGACCUGCCGGGGUCCUGACAGAGCAAACUGCCAGAAGUCCAUCUCCCAGGCUCAGAGGUUUCUGCCUUCCUCAGUUGGAAAAUUUCAGGAAAUAAAAAUGUGUUUCCAGGUCCCUCACCCCCCCACCCCCACCCCGGGCACUGCUCCAUUCCUACUCGGCUCCUUGGAACAAGCAAUUUAGCAAUUUAUCUGAGUUGAUGUUCUUUCUAAUGCUUGCUCCAGACAAAUCUUUGUGGGAUGAUACUGGUGUUUGAAUUCAGGGCUUGGGCACACUGUCCCUUAGCUUUAUCACUCAAGGCUGGC